AUGCCCUCCAAAACCGCCGCCUCCGUCGCACCUCCGCCCCCUGCCCUGGGCACCUACAUUGAUGGCGGAAACCUCGAACUCGUCGAGGUUCUCGGUGUUGGCGGAUACGGUGUCGUCUACCGUGCUGUCGACGUCACGGACCCUGCUCUGCCCUCGUACGCAGUCAAGUGUCUCGUAAACAACCCCGCCCAGUCGCUCUCCCGUCAGCGCCAGCUCCACAUUCGCGAGAUCACCCUGCACCGCCUCGCCUCCGCCCAUCCUAACGUCGUGAAGCUUCACCGCGUCCUCGAGGAGCACCCCUAUACGUUCAUCAUCAUGGACUUCGCCAGCGACGGAGACUUGUUCUCCCAGAUCCUCCACAGCUGUCGCUAUCUCGGCAACAAUGCGCUUAUAAAGCACAUCUUCCUCCAGCUCCUCGACGCUGUUGAGUACUGCCACUCACUCGGUAUCUACCACCGAGACCUCAAGCCAGAAAACGUGCUAUGCUUUGACGGCGGCUAUCGCGUUGGCAUCACUGAUUUCGGCCUCGCCACGACCGAUAGGUUCAGCGAGGAGUUCCGGACAGGCAGCGUGUACCACAUGAGUCCAGAAUGCCAGGGUGGUGCUUUCGCACCCACAGGGUCCUACUCGCCUCUGUUCAACGACAUCUGGUCGUUGGCCAUCAUCCUCUUGAACCUCGCCACGGGACGUAAUCCGUGGAAGUCGGCUUCCACCUCCGACCCGACCUUCCAGGCAUAUCUCCAGGACCCUAUUAACUUCCUCCCCACUGUCCUCCCUAUUUCUCCUGAGAUCAACGACAUCCUCAUUCGCAUGCUGGAGGUCGACUGGCGGCAUCGCAUCACUCUGGCUGACGUCCGCGCAGCUAUCAUGACUAUCGACAACUUC